AGAAUCACCACUAAUUAAGUGUAGUGAAAAGUAAAUAUUCUUUAGAACGAGUAACCGCGAGUGAAUAUCUGACCCUACCCUACAGAAUCCCCUUUUUGAGGCGUGGUUUGUUUGUGUGACUACCUCAGUUAACGUUACUUUCGUUUUUGAGUUUUCAACGUCCGUCCGAGAGAUGAAGCCACACAGCGUCAACGUGUCACCAGGAGAUAAGCCUGUCUGCAGGCAACACCACCCAAACUUUUGGCUCUCUAAAUUAAGGACGUUGAAGGUGUAAAUCCAAAGUGGCUAUUGAUUUCUUCAAGAAUGUGAUGAAUGAGGCUACAGUGGAUUUCUCUCACUAUCAUCAUAGAUGCAAUUUUCAUUCAAUAAUUGCUCAAAAAAAAAAGCAAAUUUUUCCCCCACUUUUCUGUGACUAGACUCGUUUUAAGUAAACCAAUAGAUGUUUAAAAUGCAUAAUAAAAUUCCACACUCCCACCUUUUAAAAUGACCCAAACUAUAAUCUACAGCAUCUAUACAGGAUCAUACAGUGAAAUGGCGGAUGGAUUUUCUAACAUGGUCAACAAUGUGACUGCAUCUCUUGAAAAAGAGGAGUGUAAAACCCUACUGUACCUUUGUACAGAUUUGUUCAACAACAUCUGUGUGGAAGAUUUGAGAGGAGCUUUGUUGGCAUUUGCCAGACAGGCACAAGCUCAAGCAGGUCAGGCUCAGGCUGGUGAUGCCCUGCUGAUGGAGCUCAUGUUCCGAAUGAAGCGCUUUGAUAUCCUCAAGAAAGUUUUUGGUACCAACAGACAACAGGUAGAAGGAAGUCUGAAGAGGGGAGCGGUCCUCUCAGAUUACAGGGUUCUAAUGGCAGAUGUGAGUGAAAACCUGGGGACUGAGGAGUUACAAUCUCUCAUAUUUCUCCUGAGCAGUACCCUGCCCAAAGAAAGACUGGCUAGAGCUACUAGCUUUCUGGAUGUGUUGGUGGAGUUGGAGAAGUUAAAUGAAGUAUCAUGUGAUAAGCUAGACCUGCUUGAACAGUGUUUGAGAAACAUUAAAAGAAUGGACCUUGUCAAAAGGAUUCAGGCCUACAAGAAUAGAGGUCAGAAUGUACCAUGUGCAGUCCCUAAAGUUCAGAAAUCCUUUAAGUUCACCCCUGUGCAACGUCAGCCUUCUAUUCAACAAGUGAAACAAACACUAUGCUUUUCUCAAGAGUUUCAAAAUUUGAAGCUUUCAGUACCUGAAACGGGGACACAACAUCAACAGGCUUUGAUGGAGCAGUAUGAAAUGAAUCCUGAGCAGAGGGGUCUGUGUGUGAUUAUUGACUGUGUUGGCUUUGAUGGAGAGAUGUUGAAUCGGACAUUCGAGUGUCUGGGUUUCAAGGUCAUUUUUCACUCUCUCUUGGGUCUAAAAGAAACCCAGAAGGUUUUGGAAGACCUGACCCGCAACAGGAUCCUUCACGGGGUCAAUCGCUUUGUCUGCUGCAUCAUCAGCAGGGGAACGGACUCUCAUCUGUUGGCUACGGACUCUAGCAGCAUUGGCAUCAGGCUGGAGGAUCUCAGGCAGCUUUUCAGCCCAACCCAGUGUCCCUCUCUAUGUGGCAAACCCAAACUCUUCUUUACCCAGAUCUACAGGACCACAGAAAUCCCAAAUACACUCUCAAUGGAUGAUGAAUACCUUGAGACAGAUGCGCCAGCAUGCCACUAUUCAAGGAGGCUAUGUGCGAACGCAAGGACUAUCCCAGUGUCAGCAGAUGUCCUUUGGAGCGUGUGCAGAGCAGAGACGAAGCUACUGGAAGGGUCUGGCCACCAGUCGGUUUACCUGCGUGCAUUAAAUUCUACCUUUCUGGAGGGAUGUCAGAGAAAGAUGCUUUUAUUGGACAGUAUGGCCGAGGUGAACAGAAACGUGUUUAGUCACAAUCAACAAAAUCCUGAGAACGUGUACCACCUUCAACUCUCUCACACACUACGCAAGAAACUUUACUUGUAACACUUAAUGUGUGCAUCACAACACAAACUACUUUUUGUGUCUUUCUCGCUUCCACUCACAUACUUGUUUUUUAGAAUGCAAUUAUUGUGUUUAGAGGAUGACUGCUAUAAUAUCUUGUAAAAUAUCAUUGUGUUUUAUGUAUUUGUAUACUAUUAUUAUUUAUAUUUAUUUGUGUAUCUUCACCUCCUAUGGCAGCUAAUACAAAGUUCUCCAUUGGAGUCACAGUGCUAGUGCCUCGCUAAUUAAUUUAAGAAUACCUUCAGUCAUUAGUCCGGCUCAGUGAAGUUUAUUUGUAUAGCGCUUAAAUACAUAUUGUCUCAGAGCAGCUUUACAUAAAAACAUGACUUAAUCCUCCAAAGUUGCAAAGCAAAGAUGAAUGGUGCAAGGAAAGCAACUCUGUGAGUUGUUUUUGUAAAGAGCAGAAUCUUUGGGAGGAACCAGACCCCAUCCUCGUUGUCAGAAAUCAUUUACAUGUGCUAAAUAUCUAGUUACAUCAUGCUGUAGUUUUAAUCGUGUACACUGAUUGCAUUUUUUAAUAUGCAAGUUGUGAGAUUUGAGCAUCUUGUUCAGUAAUCCGCUUAAAAUUCUCUUCUCUUCUAUAUAAAACUAUAUACAUCAAUAAUAAUGCAUAUACACAUUGUACCAAAUAUAUCCUUAUUAUCUGAUAGUUUUGAUGUUCUAGGCACCGUAUCAGUAGGCUGGAGUUUUGUGACCUUAAUGAGCAUAGCGGAUUGUAGCAUGAUAGAUCACUCUCUAGAGCAAACCAUAGAGUAGACCAUAUGUGGCUUUAAAAGUUGAUGCUUAAAUUUGGGCUGAUCUGAUCAGUUUUUAGUAGAUAUGUAGAAUUUGUAAAUUGUAAUAUAUAUCGAACCAGAUUGUAGCACAACGUUAAUAUCAAAUUAUUUAAACUACCUAUAUCUAAUUGUCAUUUAAAUAAAUCACUUAUUCAUAUAAUUCAUUUCUUCUCCCUUCAGAGACAAACUAAUUACAAACUGAUUACUGGAUGCUUUCUAUAAUUAUAAGAUAAAUUAACAGUGUGAAAACAUCUCUAAAGUGCACUGCAUUUGGCAGCAUAGAAUGUAUAGAGAAAGUGAGUAUUAUGAAUAAAAAUGCUAUAAAUCUA